CAACCAUUCCACAUGUAAAUGCAUGUGCAUUCACCCUUUUAAUGACAGGUAAAUGAACUUGUAAUUAAUCGUUAAACAGGUGUUACCAAUAGAAUUUUAAUGAUGUUAGAGAAUUGUUUUUAACAUAAUUUGAGAGAAUACCUGUGCCUUUAUCGAUUUGCAUUAUUUCAAAUAAUUUUUCAAAAGUAUUUAAAUAACUGUUAAAUUAAAGUAAUAUGGAUGAAAAUGCAACGGAAACUUAUGACGAUGAUAUACGAGAUCAACCAGUAGAUUACAGUAAAAAAUAUAUUGAAAGAAAUAGAUUAAAGCAAAAUCAUCUUCUAAAUGAUGUACAGAAAAAUCAGUCAGCAAAUGAGGAUAUUAAAGAAUGUGAAUCUGAAACAGUAUUAUUUGGAGAUUAUGCAGAAACAGAUCUUGAUCAACCAACGGACUAUAGUUUAAGAUAUGCAGAAAAUGACACUGAUGAAGAUGAGAAACCAACUACAGAAUACUUUUCCGGUAGCGUACAAGAAGAUACUAUUAAAACAUAUUGUACAGAAGGUACACCUUACGAAACACCUUUUAAUUUUUCUACUGCAACAUCUAUGUCUGAUUUAAGAGUCGAAGAUACAAAAGAUAAUGAUCAUUCUAAAAAGACACAAAAGAAAGGACUUGAUGCUAGACAUAAAAAAAGUAUAUCUUUCGAGGAUAGAAGAACAGAAGAAUGUCACGAGCAACAACAUUUAAUAUCAGAAAGUACAGAGAGACAAAAGCAUAUUAUUAGUAUAAGCUCGAAUCAUAUGAUUCCUGAAAAGCCAAUUAGUUAUUAUAAAGAAGAAGAAUUUAGUAGUUCUUCCUGUGUUAAUUCGCUCAGUUCUUUUAACAGUGAAAUAGCACAACGCAAUAAUGUAUCUGAAAUAAUAUCAAAAGCAAGUUUAGAGAAUUCUAUGAGUAAAUCAGAACCAGAAACAAGUAAUUCUAAUGUAACAGAAUUAAAUAGGAAUGAAUUAAUCUCUAAUUCAAUAAGCAAUAGUCCUAUGGAAAGUAAAAAUAGUUCACGUAUUGUCGAUAAAGAAGGAAAAAUGGUAACAUUCAGUGGACAAGAUUUUUAUGCUGAACAAACACCUCUAAUGUUUUCACGUUGUAGUUCUCUUGGUUCAUUGAGUGGUUUCGAACAGCAUUCUAUACAUGAUGACCGUAGCUCCGUUGUCAGUGAUUUCAGCCGUAGAACAAGUGGAGUUGUUUCGCCAAGUGAAUUGCCAGAUUCUCCAACCCAAACUGUACCACCCAGCCCCAGAAUACAAAAAAUAAAAACUACAGAUUUUAUGAAUAAAAUGCAAGAAGAAGAAGUAAAACCAUCGCAUUCUCAUUUAUUGUGUUCAAAAUAUGGUGUAAAAAGGAGUAGUGUUUUCGAAGAUGAUAUUGCUACUUUUAAAGAAGAAUCAACACCAAUAGAAUUUUCUACCACCACAAGUCUGAGUUCUUUAACUAUUGACGAUGAAGUUAAAAGUUCUGAUUAUCCCAAAAGUGAAGAUAAAUUGAAAGAAAUAUCAGAACCAAUCCAUCAAAAUAUCGAUAAAAGUACAUCUUUUGUAAAAGUAAAUGUUCUUGAAGUUGAAAAACAACCAGAACAAAUAAGUGAUGGCGAUGAAGAUGAUGAAGAUAUGCUAGCUGCUUGUAUUAGUAUGGGAAUACAAAAUAAUAGAUACAGACAAUCCUUAAAAACCGAAAGUAUUCCAAAAUCUACGCAUUCUAAAUCAACAAGUGUCUUAAUGUCAUGCGACAAAAAGUCACCAUUAAAUAGAUCACAAGCUUGUGUUUCUGUUUCUCCUGGAGAGUCACCGGCUGUCUCUAAAAUUUGUAAACCACCAAUGGAAAUUGUUGUUGUCCCAGAUACAGUACAUGUUUAUUGUACAGAAGAUACACCAGCAGGUAUUUCUCCGGUUGGUUCACAAUCAAAUCUUUCUGUCUUAUCUAUGCCAAGUGUUCCAGAAGAUAUAGAGAAAAUUGAACCAAUUAAAUCUUCAGAACUUGAAUGCCACAGAAAUGAUCUUUCGGAUGAAAGUUAUAAUCUUUCUGACGAAGAUGAAAAAAUUCUUGAUGAAUGCAUUCAAUCGGGUAUACCAAAGGUAAGACAAAUUACCCCACCUCCAACGAAAAGUAUACCUUGCGUGAAAAAACCUGAGACCGUACCACCAAAAUUUAAUAUAUGUGGGACACCUUCAUCAUCUCCCGUUGAAUCGACUUCUAACAAUAAAAAUCCUGUAAUAAUUAAACCUUUAUGCCAUAUAUCAAUGGAAAAUGAAAAGGAAUUUUCGGAUGAUAGUCCAAAUCAUUCGGACGACGAAGCUAUUUUAAUAGAAUGUAUACAAUCUGCAAAGGCUCGAUUAAGAUGCUCACCAUCGCCAUUAUUAAAGGGAACUAAGAUAUCAAAGCCAAGAACUCAAUGUCCCACCUCUUUAUUUUCAAGACUUCGACCAGAAAAAGUAAAAUUUAUUAUAUUAUUAGAAUGUCCCUACCGCUUACAUAUUAUUUUAUAUUUUCAGGUAAUGCAAGAACAUAGUACUACUUCGUACAGUUCAACUAGCGUAUUUUAUCCUACAGAAGAUAGUUACAGUCCUUCGGAAGAAGAAGAAGAUAUUAUUUUAGCCCAAUGUAUUCAAUCUGGCAUGCCAAAAGUGUUAAAUGUUCCAACUACAACAAUUCAAAGACAAGCUACAACAAAGAAACGAGAAGAGUAUUUAAGAUCUAUGGGAUCGUCUAGUAGUUCCACCGCUUAUCUUCUAAAUAAUGCUUAUCCAAUUAAUGCCUUGUAUACACAGCUGCCUUAUAAAAGUGUAGAGAACAGCGUUUCCCAUUACAUUGUUGGAAGUUCAUCUUGCAGUUAUAAUAAUUUUCCAACGAAAGCAUCUAGUAGUAGCUAAGAAUACAGAUUAUUUAUUCGUUAAUGAAGUAAUGCAAUCUAUCUUAUAUUAAAAGCAAUCAGAAAUUCCAGAACAUAUAAUUGCCACACAAACUAGUUAAACUAGAAUUAAGAUUCAUUCGAUAUUAAAGACUGAAUACAUUUUACAACGAUUAAAAGCAAUGAACAUAUUAUUUAAGUACAAUUUUGCUAUAUCUACGUAUAUCUACAGCCAAGUUUCCUUUUCUAUUAUUUAUAAGUUAUCCCUUUAUACUUAUCUUAGGACAAAGUGUCAUUAUACGAUAGUAAUGUUUGUACGUAUAAAGUGGCUACAAAUCUAUUUACUCAUCUAAAUACAUAUGUUUUAGUUUACAAUUAUUGGAUAACAAAGAUAUGAGAUUUCAAAUUAAAAUUAUUUUAUAUUCCAACUGCAUUGAUAGCUAUGUGAUGUUUAAACAAAUGCAAUAUUGUUUAAUUACAAAUAAUCAUAGUAUAUUAAUAUGCAUAAGCUAUAUGUCGUUGGAAUAAAUGUAAAGUAAUACGAAGUAAUAAUUAAUAACUUAAGAAUAACGAAUUAUAUAUAUAUAUAUCUUUUUUGUUAAAGAUUUAUAGGUUAGGAUCAAAUAAUUUUGUCUCUGCCGAUGUCUUAUCGUUCAUGCGCACAAGUAUAUAAUGACAUAUGUUGGGAUCCUUACGCUCUUCACUCAUACCUCCAUUAAGUUUUCUUAUCACAUGUCAGUAGAGUUUUUUUACGUAUAUUUAAUUUCUCGAGUUAAUCCACAUAAUUUUGUAUGUUUCUAUUAUGUUAUAACAAGGUUAUAUCAAAUAUAAUUUAGAUUAUUUUAUCUUUUAUUUGUAAAUAUUAUUGUUAAUAAAAAGUUAUUUAUGUAUAUAAAAGAAAAUAUUCAAAAAUUAUACCUCUAAUUAACGCAUUUAAUAGAGCCGGGAAAUUGAUAAUUCUUUAUAAAUUUAGUAUUUCUCUAAACAUUACAUUGAUUUUAUUUAAAUCAAAUAUAUGUAAAUUAUUCAUCGAAAGAGACAUGUUUUAUUAUUGUUCAAAUAUUCUUGAUCGAGUAUGCUGAAUUUUCCAAAGAGCACUUCGAAAUAUAAUUUAAACGGAUAAUACACAUCCCCGUCUACUAAUCCCUAUAAAUCCU